AUGGAUUUCUCCGAAUACACUGGCCCCAGCGCUGAAUGGCUGGCCCUCGAGCCAACGCUCCCGGCGCUCCCCAAGGACCUCUCCGUGUCGCAAUUGAAAGCAUUGCUUAACAAAGGCCGCGAGGAAUCUGCUGCCCAGGACAUGAUCGACCAAGGCCUGAGCUCUCUUGUCCAGAUGCAUGAUCAUACUGUCAUUGCCCGCGACGGUACAGCCCUCGAAGCCCGCACUUAUCGGCCGGCCGGCGUUCCCAUAUCCGAGCGUCUACCGGUCUACGUCCACCUCCACGGCGGAGGUUUCCUGUUUGGAACACUUGCCUCUGAAGAUGCAACCUGCUCGCGCAUUGUCGCAUCUCGAGCUGAGAAUGGCACACCUGUCGUGGUAUUCAAUAUCAAUUACCGCCAUACACCCGAGCACCGCUACCCCACCGCAUGGAACGACACCGAAGACGCAUUCGUCUGGCUGCACGAACAUAUCGCGGAAGUCGGUGGUCUGAGUGAUCAGGUUGUUGUCGGUGGUAUUUCGGCCGGAGCAUGGAUGACUGCUUCAUUGACGCUGGCGCAGCUGCGCGGCGAUGAUAAGCGCAUCGCUGCCUGUCCGAAGAUUGCCGGGCAGGUGCUGAUGAUUCCUUGUCUUGUUCAGUGGGAUCAUUAUGCUCCCCGGCAGGAAAUGUUGAAGAGUCCGGAUUUGUCGAGUUAUGUGCAUUGUGCUGAUGCGCCUAUUCUGCCUGUUACUCGGAUGAAGUUGUUCAGUGAUUUGCUGGGGGUUAGUGAUGCGAGGGAUUCUGUUGGCGAUCGUCGUAUGGGUCCUGGUAAUGCUACUGCUGAGGAGGUUAAGGGUUUGCCUCCUACUGUUUUUGGGAUUGCUGGCAAUGAUCCGUUGAGAGAUGAGGGUAUCUUCUAUGGAAAGCAUCUCGCUGAUAAUGGAGUUCCUACUGAUAUCCAUGUUUUCCGCGGUGUGCCCCAUGGGUUCAGGAGGUAUGGCGACAAGCUGCCCGGAAGCAAGAAGUGGGAUGAAGUUAUGAGUGGCGGUAUUACAUGGGCGCUGGGAAAGCCUGCAGCUGGUCCAUUCGUGAUCAAAUCAGACUGA